AGCAUCAAGCUCUAAAUAACGUAAAAAAAAUUGUAGCCAAAAGUGGGUACCACAGUGAUAAAAUAUUGGAAACAGAUAAUGAACUUGCUGAUGAUGAAAAAAAGAAAAGGAUUCAACAUUCUCUUGAUAACAACCACAAUAAUCAUAAAACUGAUAUUGAUGAUAACUCAACAUCACCAGUUAGAGCUUUUAGCUAUGCUAGUGGUGACUCUGAUAAUUAUUUAGAGUCUGGUGCUAUUGUUCUUGAUACAUAUUUUGUAUCUGGUUCUGCCCUAUCUAGUUCUGCUCCAUCUAGUUCUGCUCCCGAUAUAUAUUCUGGGUUUGGGUCUAGAUCUGGUGCUAUUGCUUCUAAUACUAAUGCUGCCUCUAAUACUAAUCAAUAUGCUGCUCUCAAUACUAAUUGUUAUUCUGCUCCUGAUACUAACCACUAUGCUGCUUCCAAUGCUAAUUGUUUUGAUGCCCCCAAAAAUAAUCAUUCUGCUGCCCCUAAUACUAAUUGUUCUGAUACAAAUAAUCACUCUACUGCCCCUGUUAUUAAUAUUAAUGCUCCUGAAACAAUUUGCAAUAGAAGUUUUUCCAGUAUUACUCUUAAUAUUAUAUCUUACAAUUUUUAA